CAUGUUUGUCGUUUCCUUAUCAUUACGAGGUGAGCGAGAGGGAGAGGAAAGGAUCCACGAGGAGAGACGGUUCUCAUCGGUGUUAUUUGACAGUCGUGUGGAAAGGAUCCACCACAGAUCUUCUCCGGUCAUUGGAAGCAGCAGUAAUGUCUCCUUGAUAGCCAGAAGUCUAUCCACCCACAAACUACUGGAUGAUGUUGUUCAGGUCCCAGCAAAUGAACUGCCUCCAAUUGUCAGCCCUAUAACUAAAAAGAACAAUGAUCAAGAUGAACAAGCAACUGACGAAGCAGUACCUUCAGAUUAUUACAGGGUGAUCAUCGCUAGGGGUACAUCUUUGACGAGGACGUGGGGGUUCUCAAACAUGAGUUUUGGAAAUCGAAGUUCAAGCUGACUGCAAAGAAUUGUCUUCUGGAAGCGAUAACAUGGAAAUGAAAGAAAUGGGCAUUUUUCUAAAGGCAAAUGUGAUAUUCAC